AUGUGUAGAGUGGAGGGCCUUCCGUUCAAGAAAGACAUGCCUUGGGAGCGCUCUGGCGAACGAAUCUUUGAGGAAAUUACCAAAUGCAAGCAAUUGGCUCGAGAUAUUAAGAAGCAGCUGCCGAGUCGGACCCCACUCCCUAGCAGUAUCCAUCAACUGCUACCCGGCCCCCUGGUGCUGGACGAGCUAGUACAACUGUAUUUCGACACUUUUGAGGCAUGCUACCGAAUUCUCCACACUAAGUUGUUCAGAGUAGAGUACGAGAGUUAUUUGAGGAACCCGGAAACGGCGACGACACCUUUCAAGGUGAAACUUCUACUGGUCAUGGCUAUUGCAGCACCGUUGCACGGUGAUGUCCAAGCCUAUACUGAGCUGGCUGCCAAAGCAAGAACAUGGAUCCAUACUGCUCAGGGAUGGCUCUCUGCGCCUUUCGAGAAGGAUCGUUUGACACUAGAUGGGAUUCAGAUUCAUUGCUUGCUUCUGCUUGCGCGCCAGGUGAACCGGGUUGGAGCAGAUUUGGCCUGGAUCUCUGCCGGGUCAUUAAUCCGGAUGGCCAUGCAGAUGGGCUUGCAUCAAGAUCCCAGCAGCCUAGGCCGGAUGAGUGUGCUUCAAAGGGAAUUAAGAAGGCGUCUGUGGUAUACAAUCUUGGAGCUGAAUGUACAGGCUGCGUUGGAUUCGGGAAUGGAACCCAUGAUGACAGCGGCUGAGUAUAAUACCCAGCCGCCCUCCAACCUGGACGAUGAUGAUUUGGUCGAGGCGUUUGGAGAGGGCCCUACAGCCAAAGCAAGUUCCAUACCUACCCAGACCUCAGUCCAGCGUCUGCUGGCGGAUUCCCUGCCUCUAAGACUGGAAGCUACGAGAGUCAUCAACAACCUGCAGAAUAAACCGUCAUAUGACCAUGUUCUUCGGCUUGGGAACGAGCUGGCCUCAGUUUGCCGUAGUGCAGCAGCCUUCUUGGACCCGAACAUGUCAACUGAGCUUGAUAUGCCGACUCAUGAAGCAGGUCGGUUCAAGUACAAUUUCUGCGAGCAUUAUCUCCGCCGCUUCCUCCUAAGUCUCCACUAUCCUUACGCAAUCCAGAGCAAACGCAAUCCUCUAUACAGCUACUCCCAGAAAGUGUGUCUCGAAGCUGCCCUCGAUUUGGUUUCACUUCUCGAGGACAAGCUGUAUCGUCGUCUGUUACUCGCCGGGGGUGGCAUGUACCGAGAUAUUAUCACGCGGGGUGCCUUGGCGAUAUUCCAGGAACUGAUUACACAACUGGAAGCAAACAACUCUAUAUUUUCAAAGCGGCGAAAUCGUGCUCGCAGAGAGCCAUUGCUGGAAGACGCGCGCAAGGUGGCCCAAUAUACACACGAUAGACUGUGGUAUGGCGAAACGAAUGUGAGAGGCUACCUUUUUGUCUGUAUGGCAACGGCCCAAGUAGAGGCACUACUUGAUGGUCUGCCCAUCAAAGAAGCUGUGAUCAACGCUGCCAGCCAGAGCUUGACCGAGUGCCGCGAUAUUCUGGAGACCAUGGCAGCUAGUUCCCUCUCGACCAGUGCUAGUCCUCCGGAUAUUGUAUCCUGGACAUACGGGGAUAUACUGGCUGUGCCCACUGUGGCUGAUGCUGACUUUGACUUUUUGAAUACCGACAAUAUCAAUUUUGAUCUCUCAGAUCCAUACUUUGUUCAGCAAUGGACAGAUCAGAGUUGGCCUCCGCAUCUGUUUGAUUUAGAAGAGGAGCCGAGACAAGUACAAUCACACGGCGGAGUGAAUCUAGGUGGAACAGCAGAAGAGUGA